UGCGGCGGCGGUUAGUACGAGGUUGAUUUUGGUAGCUGCCACUCUCACUCUCAGGACCCGGUGUGUUGCAAUUACGGAUAAUAGAUUUAUCAGGAAUUGACUGCAAGUGUUGCAAGUGUUGUGAAUCGUUGUCGCUGGAUUGGAAUUUGAUCUCCAGAAGGAAAUAUCUUGUUUGAAGACCGGCUUAUAAAACACUUACAAUAAUGUCUCUGCGACUUCUUUCAUCACCCUACUUCCGCCGUUUCCUGGUGGCCAACAAUGGCAAAACGGUUCCGUCACGCGCCAUGAGUCGCGAUCCUUAUUACGAUCCCCGCGGAUUCACUUUCACCGAUAUGAAGAAGAACCCAGCGGUUAUCCCACUGGUCGUCAUCAUUGGAGCUACCAUAACGGGUCUCCUUGGGUACUGUACGUACGCUUCGCUCACCCGUCCAGAUGUUAGUCUCAACAAGAAAACCUACGAAUGGGAUACCAUGGACGUCAUGAAUCCAAAGAAGUUGAAGAUGCGCGUCUUCAACCAGGAGUACAAACCGAUGCCAGAACUAAACGAAGCGCUAUCCUACCGGGAGGAGUACGCCAAACAGCAGGAAUCUUAAGACGAUCAUCUGGCCCUCCGAUACCAUCUCUUAUCUCGUUGUUGUUAUUAACAAGAUCUUGAAAACAAGUAUCGCGCUUUAGUAGUAGUGCUAGUAAAAGAUACUGCACAACGUAGCUUCAAUUAAUAAGCAUGAGCACAUCCGCUGUUUUACAACAUCAUUCUAUCGGCACGCGUACCGCGCCAGCCAGCCAGCUUGAAGUGAGAAUGCAUUGCACCGAGAACUAUCGUUACUUAAGACCCUCUCGCUCUGUGGACUUCGAGUUGCAGCAGCAGCAACAGCAAUGUUAGAUGUUUCAAACCAAUAAAUUAUUAUACCUUGUAGUAUUUAGUCGCUGUUAGUAAAGUUGGGCAAGCAGUGCACAAUAUAAGCAGUAGCAUACUGUCUCACUCUCGACUCGUGAUCUAAGCGAAUCGUGACCUGGUGAGAUUAGAGAA